UAAAUAAAGCUGAUGAUAAAAAAUACAUAAAUAAAAUUAUAUAAAAAUUAAUGGAAAAAAUUAUUUAUUUCUAUGGAAUUAUAUCAUCGUGACAAUGAUUUAAUGAUGAAAACACUGGCGAAUUAACACAUCUGGAGGUGCUAAGUGCCAGUUAAUUUCAGGACCUUUUAAUAAUUGUAAAUGGAAUUUACUAUAUAAAAUUACUUCUGUUUGAGAUCUUAAUCUGGGGCACUAACAAAGCGCUCAGUUUAGGUGCAAGGGUAUAGUUUGAAUAAAUAUAAAAUUAAUUUAAAAACAUAAAUAAUACCUAUAUUAAAACUGUAACUACAAUAAUUAUAAUUACUAUAUUAUAGGAGCAUUUACAAGAACUGAUGGAAAUUGGGGCAAUUGGGGAGAGUGGAGUGAAUGCAGCUCAACUUGUGGUUUAGGAAUCCAAAUUCGUCAUAGAAGUUGUGACAAUCCUAAACCUUCAUUUUUUGGAAAAAAAUGUAAAGGGAAAGCUAGAGAAACAGAUGCUUGCGAUACGAAAGUACGUUGCCCAAUAGAUGGCUUUUGGUCAAGUUGGUCUUCUUGGGACUGUUCAGUCACAUGCGGAGGAGGAAAUGGGAGAAGAGAAAGAAAAUGCAAUAAUCCAGCACCCAUGGAUGGAGGAAAGAAAUGUGAAGGGGCUGAUCUUCAAUUUGGAAACUGCAACACAAAAAUUUGUCCCGAUGAAAUAUAUACACUACCUCCAGACAUAGAAAAACAUGUGAAAGAAAAACUAAAAUCGAUGUACCGUAAUACAGUGAUAACUGCAGGGAAACCCGCUGUUCUUAAUUGUGUGAAUAACAAUAUAAAGAGUAUCAUGAACGUUUAUCCGCGGGGAGUUUUAACAUGGACGAAAGACGAAUUACCAUUAAGUUUGGAUCGAGAUAGAACAAAAGUUUAUAAAGCGAAAAUAUCUAUAAAUCCAACCAUUGAUGAAGAUUCGGGAGUGUAUGUAUGUCGCCUCUUAUUUGCUCCUAAUUCCUAUAGAGUGAUGGCUGUAAAUGUUCUUACAGUUAUCAACGGAUCUCAUUUUAUUUCAAUUAAAGAAGAAGAUAAACUUUAUUUGCCUUGUAAUUAUCUGUCUUUAGUGAAGAUAUAUGGUAAUUUGACACAGAUUUGGCUUUUAAACGAUUUAAAAUUUUUUAGUAGAAACGUUAGCAUUAAGGAAAAUGAUAAACUAGUGCCUGUAGUAGAAAAUGUCAAAUUAAAACACGGUGGAAAAUGGACGUGCCUGAUUAAAACUAAAAAGAUUUAUCAUGCAUGGAUUGUAAAUAUUAUUGUAGUUAAGGGUAUGAUCUUUAUAUAUAUCAAGCAUAGACAACCUAAAGUCCUAAAAUUUUGUCUUGAGAUUUUUAGGUUUUAGAUACAAAAUACAGUC